UGUGAGGUGUAUCUACGGCUAAUUUAUCAUUUUUUCUCCGUAGACUAAGAAUAUGCCGGUAGGCUGGUAAGUGCAUCAGGUGAGAUGGAUAUCGGAAGCAAGUCUAUCUGUAAACAGUGAAAUGUCCAUGAUAUCAUUUAUGAAUGAUGGAGUUAGCUUAGAACUUGGUUCUCUUCUUCUUGUGAAAUGCUUUAUACAAGAAAAGUAGUCCAUAGAUGAUGUGCUAUGCUUCUUCCCAAUUUGAUAUCAUGAAAAUACAAGCCUCAAUCUCCAUUUAACGAGUCUAUGUGCUUGAAAUCUACUUAACAAUUGAAGUUGAAAUAUACCAUUGUAGUCCUGUCCUUCACUAACGGUACAAAGUCCAUUUUUCACAAAAUAUUGCUCUUGUAGUUCCACUCGGUAGUUUUGAACUUUCCAGUUGGACGGCCUAUAAUAUCCGGUUUCCUUGUAAAUUGGUCAUUAAUAAUUGUGCUCCCGUUUGGUUGUGAUUUUUCAAGGCAAAAAUUCAAAUUUUGACCAUUAUUUAGUGUAGUCAGUUAUCAUUUUUGACUUCUUUACUCAGAAGUGGGGACCUAUCUUUCAAGCAAACGAUCAAAAAAUUGAUUCUCAUAAUCAGCAUCAAACAGGUUUUGUAUAUUGCAACUAGAAAUUUUUUCUUCUCUUUUUCAGCUUGGAUCAUCGAAGAUUUUGUUAAGCUGUAAUUUCAAAUCUGGGAAUUUGUCAGAAACUUUAGGUGCUAAGAAGAACAAAGAGAAGUGGAAGCCAUCGUGGAAUGGAAUCGGAUAAAAUCUGUUGUUCCCUUAACUGAAAUCUUACGGUUUACCACAAUUUUGACGUGUCGAAAUCUUACUAGACCUCGCUACAAGUUUUUGUGCGAUAUUCUAAAAAUUUGACACCUUAAAAUUGUUUACAGAAUUGAGGAGAUAAUCAAGGAAACAACCUCAAGUUGACAGCAGAUCUAGCCUUGAAAUGCACCGGUCAAAGUGUGAUUAAAUGUAUCUGAUGCUUGUAAAUAGGAAUGUUACUUAGUCUUAAGUUUUACUAUUGUCCGGUUCAAUGUCCUUGAACCUAGGAUAGCCAGUGAACUUCUGUUUCUCAAAGUUAAAGCCACUUGUCAGUAAAAUCUGAAAAUUUGCCUCCUAUUCAACCAAGUUCAUGUUUAUCUUAGUUUUCUGCUACUUAUCAUAAGUUAUAGCAUACAAAAGCUCACAACACAAAAUCCCUGCAACCCAUUUUUAAUUUGCAAUGAAAUUAUUUAUAUGAUUGUUCAAAUUUUGUCCAAAACGCCAUUUAUCUGGUUUUGUGGAGAUUACAGUAAGUUCCAUGAGUUGUAGGUAGCUAGGAAUGGAUGAAGAACUUCCCAAACUAAAGAUAUCGCCUUCGUUCAAACGCAUAUUCGACUCAACAAUCUCACUAAGCAGCGAGGAUUCUUCUUCCGACAUUGAAGAUCAUCGAUAUACAAGCCUGAAGGACAUAAUCUUUAGCACUUUGCCACAGCAUGAAGUAAAUAAUGAUCCAUCAAAUGCAUUUGAUUCUUCCAACAUUUCCAUUCGCAAUGAACUGGUUAAGCAUGCAGCCUCGGCCUACGUGCAGUCGGCUGCCAUUCUUCUCAAUAGAGAUCAAGAUUUGAUCUCUCGUUUUUGGGAAAAGAUGAAGAUAACUUGCGUUGGAUUCCUUUCGUGUUGGCACACGUGUGUUAGGGUUCCAUUGAGAGCUAUUUUCCAUCCGGUUCUCCACUUUCUUUAUCGGUCUGUAGACAGGAUUCGCAGUGCUUAUAUCAACCAAUGAAGGGGUCUAGCGCGAACUCUUUGUUGGGUUUCUUAGAUUUUCACCUAGGCUUUUCUACAAGUGUUAUUGCCUAUGUUGUCACUGGUAUUCAUAUAUUUGCAGGACUUUAUUCUAGGCUACCUUUGUAUCCUAAUUUAUUGGGCCAUAAUGGCAAA